CGGCGCGCCGACUAGAUCUAAGUAACACAGACAAGACGUUUAGACCGCAGACGUUGGUGACAAAAAAACGUACAAAAAAUAGUGCUUUCAAAUACCAGUGCCUGUGCUUUUAAAGGAUACAAAUACUUAAAGAAUUAUGCGUUUUUAAUCAGAUUCGAAAUGUGAACCCAGCCUUGCUUCUGGUAUGAUAUGGGUCAAAAGCCUUCCCAUCUGGGAAAAUUUAAGUCGCCAUUUUCGAAAAUUUUGCACCGAUCGGAGACCACGAGAAACCCAAACCCAGAGCAACCAAUCAAAUUCCAGUACAAGACCAAAAGAAAACCUUUGCCGAACCAGAUAAAAAACCAGAAUUUAAACAACAGUAAAGUGAAAAAUACCAAUGAAAUUAGAUGUGGAGGUGGUGAGGUUAGGAUUAGUGCGGUGGAAAGGACCAAGUCGGAGCCUUAUUUGGGCCCUGACAGGAUCAGGGAGAAGCAUAGACAUAAGAGAAGAAGUCCCAAGAUAAAACAUUGGAAUGAUGAUGUGGAACAGUUUGGUUACGAUAUUCCAGAUAUCGAGUCGUUUUUAACCAAGGCAACGCUCGAGAAACCGGCCAACAUACCCGUCGUUUUAGCCUUUCCCAGCGUUUUGUACCAAACACGAAUAGGCGGUUACCAGGCCGAAAUCUCCUUACCCUUGGGGAUGGUCGUGAAUGCCGUCUUCAAAAACCAACACUGGCUCUACGUGCAAACUCCACACGCAGAAGAGGGCUACGUAAGCUACGCAGCGUGUCUGCCUCUAGGAAUCAUCCCGCCCCCGGAGGACACGAAGCCCGCCCCCUGCUGGGAAAUCAGCACGGACGUGUUCCCGAAACCGUCCGGCAACAUGACCGACACGGAAAAACUCAGCUCCAAGUCGGACUGCGGCGGCAGCCGGUGCCGCUCCCGCUCGCGCCACGCCGCCUCCGCCUGCGGCGAGCGCAGCGUGGACCGCCUCUACCUGCGGGCGGCGGCCAGCGCCAAGAGCAGGGGCGGCGGCGUGCGACAGACGCUGCUGGUCAUUUGCACGGACUACGGCGGCAGCUGCAACGACGGUUUGGCGGUCUCCAAGGGGGAGGUGGUGUUCUUGCUGAACACGAAAAUUCGGGGGUGGUUCUACGUCAAGAAUAAGGCGGGCGAUGAGGGGUUCAUACCCGCCGCUGUCGCGGGACAUGGGUUUUUGUAAAUAUAUUGUUGUCUAUUUGUAGUAUUUAUUAUCGUGAACAAUAAAGAUUGUAA